AUGGAUCAUCUUGAGGAGCAGUAUUCUAUUCGCAGAUUCGUUUUGGUUGGCUGGUCAUUUGGAGGCGCUCCAGUCUUCACCGUGGGCGGGCGAGAGCGAGAACGUGUCAUCGGAUGUGCUACCGUUGCAAGCCAAACCGCAGGCACAGCUGGGAUAAGGAAGCUGGCUCCAAGACCACUGUUGCUGCUCCACGGUACUGGUGAUCGAACGUUGAGAUGGGACUGCUCCCAGAGUCUAUACGAGGCGUACGGCAAAAAGGGCCAUCGACAAUUGAAGCUCUUCGAGGACGAUGAUCAUGCGUUGACAAGGAAUGCGCUUGAGGCAGAAGAGCUGUUGUGCGAUUUCAUCGCUAAAUGUAUUGGGCUGAAGAUAGACAACGAUGAGCAAGAGAAGGUCAUCCAGAAGCCCUUGGUGGAUGGAAGUGAAAGAAUCGAACUGAUGGAGACUGGCGGCGAUCUCGAGGGCGAGAGUAUCGAGUAG